UGGGAAAAGAGGGGGACAAUGUUCUCUCCUGUGCAGCUGCUGAGCAGCCAAACCAUGGAUCCCCGGCUCUGCACAGGUAGGGGAAGCGCUCCACAGCCCGGGCGUGUGUGUGCCUGCACACACAUCUAAAAAUAAAGCUGUUCAGAUGCAUCUGACUUCUGGAGGGAGAAGGAUCCAACCAGCCUGCCACCUUGGCAGCUGCAGCCAGUGGAACUGGUGCUCAAUGUGGAAGUGCUGCUUUCUCCCGCUCACCUGCAGGGGUUUUGUUCUGGGAGAGCAGGUGUUGCACAUCUGACCAAUGCAUGGCUGCUUGCACUCUGGCUCAUCUAUAGGACAUAGUUGGUGAGUGGCAGGCAUCGUGGACUUUUAACCUUUUCCUAAACUAGGCUGGAGAGGAUCACGCUUCCCGUGGGGUUAUAUCCACGCAGUUCCGUUUACCCCCCAGAUGGAGAAAGGCCAUUGGCCCUGAUCCCUUUGCAAUCUCCCUGGGGACAGAGGAGGUGGCUAUGGCCACGCGGGGCUAACCUACUUUGGCAGAGUUAAAGCAGCGGAAGAUGGUGAAGGAGCGCCCUGUGUAACCCAGCAGGCUCCCGACAGUGCCCUCAGGCCCCAGACACCUCUGGAGAUGAAUCUUUGCUGGAAUGAAAUAAAAAAGAAAUCCCACAGCCUUCGGGCUCGUCUGGAGGCCUUUUCAGACCACAGCGGGAAGCUGCAGCUCCCGCUCCAGGAGAUCAUAGACUGGCUGGGUCAGAAGGAUGAAGAGCUGUCCGCCCAACUGCCACUCCGGGGAGAUGUGCUCUUGGUGCAGCAGGAAAAAGAGACGCAUGCAGCUUUCAUGGAAGAGGUGAAGUCUCGGGGCCCAUAUAUUUAUUCUGUCUUGGAGUCGGCACAGGCCUUUCUCUCCCAGCACCCAUUUGAGGAAUUAGAGGAACCAAAUUCUGAAAGUAAAGAUGUCUCUCCAAGGCACCGGAUCCAGAACAUCAGCCGGUUUGUCUGGAAGCAGGCGAAUGUGGCCAGUGAGCUGUGGGAGAAGCUCACUGCCCGCUGUGUUGACCAACACCGUCACAUUGAACGAACACUGGAGCAGCUGCUGGAGGUCAAGGGAGCCAUGGAAGAGCUCAGCACAACACUGGACCAGGCCGAGAGUGUGCGAGAAACCUGGGAGCCCAUUGGGGACCUCUUCAUCGACUCCUUACCAGAGCACAUCCAGGCAACCAAGCUGUUUAAAGAGGAGCUCUCCCCCAUGAAGGACGGGGUGAAGCUAGUUAAUGACCUCGCACACCAGCUUGCUAUCUCAGAUGUGCACCUGUCCAUGGAGAACUCCCGGGCUCUGGAGCAGAUCAACACCCGAUGGAAACAGCUACAGACCUCGGUUAACGAACGCCUGAAGCAGCUCCAGGAUGCCCAUCGGGACUUUGGCCCAGGUUCCCAGCACUUCCUCUCCACCUCUGUCCAGGUUCCCUGGGAACGAGCAAUUUCACCCAAUAAAGUGCCAUACUACAUCAACCACCAGGCUCAGACGACAUGCUGGGACCACCCCAAGAUGACUGAGUUAUACCAAACGCUAGCCGAUUUGAACAACAUCAAAUUCUCUGCGUAUCGGACGGCCAUGAAGCUGCGCCGUGUCCAGAAAGCUCUGCGGUUGGACCUGGUGACUCUGGCCACAGCCUUGGAAAUCUUUAAUGAGCAUGAGCUACAGCCCAGCGAUCGCGUGAUGGACGUGGUGGAGGUCAUCCACUGCCUGACUUCCCUCUAUGAGCGGCUGGAGGAGGAGAGGGGCAUUCUGGUCAACGUGCCGCUCUGCGUGGACAUGAGUCUCAACUGGCUGCUCAACGUUUUCGAUAGCGGUCGCAGCGGGAAGAUGCGAGCGCUGUCCUUCAAGACUGGCAUUGCAUGUCUGUGUGGCACAGAGGUGAAGGAGAAAUUCCAGUAUCUCUUUGGCCAGGUGGCGAAUCCCAGUGGUCUGUGCGACCAGCGGCAUCUCAGCAUCCUGCUGCAUGAGGCCAUUCAGGUUCCGCGCCAGUUGGGAGAGGUGGCAGCAUUUGGGGGCAGCAAUGUGGAGCCUAGUGUCCGCAGCUGCUUCCGCUUCAGUAAUGGGAAGCCUGUGAUCGAGGUUGUCCAGUUCCUGGAAUGGGCCAACCUGGAACCACAGUCCAUGGUGUGGCUGGCUGUCCUGCACAGAGUGACCAUUGCUGAGCAGGUGAAGCACCAAACCAAGUGCUCUGUCUGCAAACAGUGUCCCAUCAAAGGCUUCAGGUACCGCAGCCUGAAGCAGUUCAAUGUGGAUAUCUGUCAGACCUGCUUCCUGACUGGACGAGCCAGCAAAGGGAACAAGCUCCACUAUCCCAUCAUGGAAUACUAUACCCCGACCACCUCUAGUGAGAACAUGAGGGACUUUGCUACGACCCUAAAAAACAAGUUCCGGUCCAAGCAGUACUUCAGCAAGCAUCCACAGAGAGGCUACCUGCCCGUCCAGUCUGUGCUGGAAGCUGACUUCACUGAGACACCGGCCUCCUCCCCGAUGUUACCACAUGCCGAUACCCACUCCCGGAUCGAACACUUCGCCAGCAGGCUCGCGGAGAUGGAGAGCCAGAACUGUUCCUUGUUUAAUGACAGCUUGUCCCCAGACGAUAGCCUGGAUGAGGAUCAGUACCUGUUGCGUCACUCCAGCCCAAUCACAGACAGAGAGCUGGUGUGCAGCCCAAAGGUCGAGGACAGCCUCAACACAGAGGAUAAGGGGGAGCUGGAGAGAAUCCUGGCCCACUUAGAGGAUGAGAACAGGAUCCUCCAAGGAGAGCUGAGACGUCUGAAAUGGCAGCACGAUGAGGCAGUGGAGUCCCCCACUGUGGCAGAAGGGUCUCCAGAAUCAGCCCAAGAGCCGCACAAUGAUGAGCUCCUGGCUGAGGCAAGGAUCCUUCGGCAACACAAGAGCCGCCUGGAGACCCGAAUGCAGAUCCUGGAGGACCAUAACAAGCAGCUGGAAUCCCAGCUGCACCGCCUGAGAGAGUUGCUACUGCAGCCGCCAACUGACUUGGACAUCAAUGGCUCUGCGGCCUCUUCUUUGGCUUCCUCGCCCCAUCCGUCGGAGGGAAGUCAGCCCAGGGAGAAGGAACACAACACCCCUGAAACCGAAACUGCAGAUGAGGUGGAGACGAGGGCACGGGAUGUCAGUCUGUGUUUGGAGGACAUCAUGGAGAAACUGAGGAGUGCCUUCCCCAACUCCCAAGGUGUGACCUCCCUUAUCUAACACCUCCCGCGGGUAAGAGGCUUUGUCUAACCAGCUUCUUGGCUGCUUUCCUCCCCCACCUCUCACACUCCUCCUGGGAUGGGCUUCCCUCGGACCUGCUUGGGGGCACUCCAGUGGAAUGGCCUUCAUGAAGUCCACCAACGUCAGAAGAUCUCAGGGGAACUCCCACUGGCCACAUGGGAAUGUGACUGAAGGCUCUUUGGAGUGCUGGCUGGAGUCAUCCUGAGGACCAGCCAGUUCCGACCAAGUGUUCUGGGGUCUGAAUUUAAGGAACUCUAUAAAGCAUUCAAAAGAAACCCAGGAACUGAAACUCUGAGAUGGUGUUGAACAUGAAACACAGGCAGAGACUUCCCCCUCCCUUGCCGGUCACAAACUGUCGCCCUCCUUGUGACUGAUGUAAGACAGGUAAGGAAAUCGCCUACAGGAGAUGGCAGAGCCCAGCCUUGGCCCACUUCAGCUGUGUGGGCUGCUUCUGCUCCCAGACAGCCUCCUGCUGGGCACCAGGCAGCCUAAUGCUCCUGCAGCAACUGGACAGUAAACAGCCUCCGAGCAUCUGUUUUAAUACCCUUUUUGUUAGCUGCCAAAGGCUGCGAGUCUGACUAACUGAACUCUGGCAAUUGCCUGGUACCCCAGGAUCUCCAGGUCCAGGCUGGGGGUGCUUGCCUAGUGGGAACAGUGCAGGAGGGCGAAAGGGGGAAGGGAGGAGUCAAUAAUACAGCUUCAGCCCAGCUAGUAGCCUUAUCUGGAGAGGAGCUUUAGAACAGAGAGCCGUAGCAUUUAAUUUACCGUGUGUGUGUAUAAUAUAUAUAUAUAUAUAUAUGUGUGUGUAUAUAUAUAUAUAUUCUGUACUUAAAUACUAUCGUGGACUCACUCACGCAUUAAAUUUUAAUACCUUGUUCAGUGUUAAUUUCUGCCUCACUCAUUGGGUCUAUUCUAGCAUCUGCUUUUGAGGGGACAGCACCUUCUGUGCUAUCAUGUACUCUUACAACUCACCAUCAGAGGCAUGGUUUGUGCUGCCCCUGGCCUAGAAACUCCCCCCUAGGUGACCUCAGUGCAGUGGGAUUUACUAGUGGCGAUGACUAGAAUGCAAAUCCAGGGUUCAUUUCCCUUACGAGCUGUCUGUCACCGUAACACCGGGGUCGGGGCUGGACCAACCUCCUCUCCCAUAGUUAUAAUACGGGAUCCCAGCUCCUCCCAUGAUGGAAAAUCCAACUAAAUAAAACAGGUGGCUCUGAUCUAUCAGCUGAAUCCCGACACAUUGGCAAUGGGGGAUUAUCCCAGUAACAAAGACGUGUGUCUAGUGGGUUCUUCAUAUUAAUCUCUCCUGAGGCCGUUAGAGACUUUAGCUCUGGUUCCCCAGCUGCUCACCGACUUUGUGAUGCCCAUUUAGCAAUUCCAUCCCAUGCGGCAGGCUCUCCUCCAUUUCUCCAUCUGAUAGGUAAACGUGCUCCUUUUCUUCCAGGGUGUUGCAAGAGAAAUGGGCGAGCUCACAUCUCUUGGUGACACUGAGCCAUUGUGAUGUAUCAGGACAUCAUGUUGUAUUGUGACAUGGUGUUGUGAGGCAAUGGCACCAGCCAGAGCAAUAUCAGGAAGGAGAUGGAGCUGUGCUCCGGUGAGCUCCAUCGUGCUUCUAAAAAUCUCUCUUCAUCUGGACUAGGGCCCCUAGACCAUUUGCUGCCACCCCGGGAGCUGUUUGGUUUGGGAGCCCAGAGGGUACAAUUGGGGUCUCUCCUUAAAUUAGGGAACUAUUUGGCACGGGGGGUGGUGUACAAAACUUGUGUUGCAAGCAUGCAGGAUUGCGUUGUGUUUUGUAGCAUAGCAACGUGUUCUCUGGAACACUUGGAUCUGGAAGGCUCUGGAAAGUUGUCUGUCUGGGACAAAGUGUUAUAGUUGAGAAGGCUGCAGAGCUGGGGGGCUGCGACAUGUUCUCCAGUGGGGAAAGGUCCCCUGGGAAUGGGGUGGAAUGUUCUGUCUCGGGGGGGAGAGGCAAUAAGGUUGCAGUGUAGUAGAGGCAUAAUAGGAAGUUUUAUGAAGAACAACGUGGAAUGUCGUAUGCAGACUGCGUGGUGUUAGGGUUGCUACAUUCUUCAAAGCUGAUGACAUUUGGCACUUUAUAUGGGGAACUCAUCACAGAACUCCAGAGUCUAAAUUGCCGAUGUUGUGGGGAUCUGACUGCUGCAACUGUGCACUGGAAAAGUUCUGGCUUGCUUUGUUGUUUGCUCUUGUGUAUUGAAGGUGCUGUGGACUGUGUUGUUAGGACUGCGGACGGUGGUGUGUUGUGGCCUGGUAAGGUGGCUGCAGUGUGGUGGGUAUAAGGUGCUUUAGUGCUGUGUUAGGUUUGAGGGAGUGCACUGUGUCUCGGAGAUUCUGUGUGAUACUGACUUUGUGGUGGUAUAUUGUGUCAUGUUGUGGAACUUGUUUGGUGCAGCAUGUUGUGGAUUACGUGGCAUGAGGCUUGCUGUAGUACGCUGUAUGUUGUGCAUAGGAGUUGCUGUGAUCUGUGAUGUUGUGUAGUAAAAGGUCCUGUGGAUUUUGGUAUCUCUUAGUAGCCUUGUGAAUUGCUGUCCUGUGAGGUAUAUUGAAAGCGCUGUAGGUUGCUAGGAUUGCUAUAGCAUGCUGUUUACUGGAGGUGAUGUGGAUUGUGGUAUUAAGCUUACUGUAGCAUGUAGGGCAGUAGGGUUAAUGUGUACUGAGUAGCCAAAUGUGGUGACUUGUCCUAUAUUAGGGCAGCUGUAGAAGGCUGUGGAUUGUGUGUGCGGAGCAACACAAUGUUCUCUCUGGUGCUGCCGCGAUGGAAAUUGCUGUGGCCCAUUCUCUGCCAGGAAAGUUGUUAGUGGAGCUCUGGAGCCACUCGUGCGUGGGGAUUGGCCAGUCUAGUGGAGGAGCACGUUUCACUGCAGAGACAGUCUUGCAAGUUCUGUGUUUGGGACCAGUGCAGAAAGCUCAGGCUGGGUGAUGCUGCCGGAAGCUGGGGAGAACUCUCACAGAUGGGACUGCCUGAGACACAGACCCUGACAAGUGAGAGCACCCUCUGCAGUUGUUGCUCCCCAGAGGAAUUGCUGCUGGCUUUGCCCCCCACUGGGAAUCUCCCCAACCCACGUCCAGCUCCAUGCUGGUCCCCCUGGCUCCAGUCCAUCAAGAAGGAGCAGCCUCAGAUUCAUCCGGAUCAAACUGUUGCACUUUUCCCUCUAGGCAGAGGCCAGGAGAAAAGGAGAGGAAACCUCAAUUGCACCCUCUCCAGCCUAGUCAGGCCCUAAGGGAGAGGAGCAAGUGCAGAUAGGUGGUGUUCACCUCAUCUGCUUUACCACCAUGCAGCACAGGCACAAACCACUUAGCCCUAGUGCUAGGAGAGCUGGGAAGGGCCUGUGGCUUCCUUGGCUGCCUGCCACAUGGAGACCUAGGCCGAGGGUGCAGCUGUAGUGAUGAUUGGAGCCACGCAUUAUCAGCUGUGGGAUGGGGCAGGAGAUGGCUCCCUCUGCUAGCAAACUGGAGAAGGGCUAGCAGGGCUAUGGUUUUACCCGUGGAAGGCCGAGACUGGGAAGUAGCUAAGAAUGAGAGAGAAAUGCAAGAUUAGGGCAAAGGCACCUCUAAAAGCAUGUUCAGGAGUCAUUGGUUUUCCCUGCAUGAAAUCUCCCUUCUGGGGUGCAGAGACCACGGCCCGCUCGUCUCCCCAACUAGUUGAGAGCGGUGGCCAGCAUGAUCAGUGACUGAGUCACAGAGCUUAAGGCCAGAAGGGACCACCACUAGUCUGACCUCCUGUUUAUCGCAAGCCACCAACACCCUAGACCACACACACCAAACCCAACAACCAGAAUUAGGCCAAGUAUCACAGCCCACAGGACACUAGAUUAUGACAUGCCAUAGGCAGAGAACAGAGGGACUGAGGUGCACCAGUGCCCAAGGCCCCUGCAGGGAAAUGAUUAAACAAGACCCCUAGAUAAUCCUGGCAAAUGACCCAUGCCCUCAUGCUAGAGAGGACGGUGGAAACACCCCCCAAGGCACUGCCAAUCUGAGCGCCAGGGUUAGUGUCUUAGUGUUCCAUCGGAACACACAAUGAUUGAUCGAUAUUGACAGUGCAAUAAGCCCAGAGAGUGGGACCCCCUGCAGCUGAAGUGUCCCACUGCUUUACUAGACCCUCAAUCCCUGGUGCUCCUUGCAGUCCCCUGUGCUCUGCCCUCCUUGAAUACAAGUGUUCCUGGGCAUUCCCCAGUCUCAGACCUAUUUACAGCAUUCUCCCUCUUCCCCCGUCCAUGCUUGGCUCCCCAUCUCACAACGGCUCUGCGGUACUCCAGAGUUCUCUUUGCGAUGAGUGCUAAUCUAGGCCCUGAUUAAAACCACCUGAUCCACUAAUGUAAUUAGUGGGGUUUUUAGCUAUAAAAUGGCAGGCCUCCAUUUUCUCUUGUACCUCCUCUGAGCAUCUUCCCUUAAUCACUGAGGCCUAGAUCCUCCAAGGUAUUUGGGCACUUAAUUCCUAUGAGUUAGGUGCCUAAAUACCUUUGAGGAUCAGACCUGAUUGCUUCGCCCUCUUUUGCUUUGGAAAGGGCAUCAGUAGAGAAUCUGAGAUCUCUCCCUGAGCUAGCUCUGUGCUGUAAGUAAAGAUACAGCCCAGGCCAACCGACCGAACCUCUAGGACAUUUUCUUUAUAAGCAGAGAUUGUAUUGUGCAUAAGUGAGUUCAGGAUAUCUGUUAAAGCUGGGAAGCUAACUCUGGGUACUGUUUGCUGUGGUGCUGUCCUCACUGGCUUCUCUCCAUUUCUGCUCUGGAAAGAGAAUAAAUUUGUAUUUAUAUUGA